CACUUCGAAAGAGUUCUUCAACUUACUCGAUCUCUCUUCCGGUUGGCACUCGAGUAUCCUGGAUUGCCAACUGGGAAACGAUUCACAUGGCAAAAAGGUUGCAAAAUCAUUUUUCAUAUUUUUAAUCUCAUGGAAUCAAACAGGAUUUUCCAGCUCUCCCACUUACUGGUCGAUCGAAGUUUCGCUGAGCUCAGUGGGGAGGAGAAAGCAUCGAUCUUGGCGUUCCUCUGUAAUGAACUUCUCUGUUGUCCGAACAUCGUCAAAGAAAUCGACCGUAAUCUUGAAGAGGUUGGGCGAUUGAAAGGCGAUCGGUGGAUGCGGGAUGGAAAGGCUCGAGCACUUCGAGUAGUUCAACGGAAGAAACAGAAAGCUGAGCGAGGACUGCACUCUUCGGACACAGACGGCCAAGCUCACGACGACCGACCUCCUUCUCGACCAGCCACGCCAAUCCCUACCACCCGAGACCGGCGACUGACGCCAGGACUCGGUCAAUGCGAAAUUCUCACUGAGGAGGAAGAGAAUAUGUCGCCGGAUCAGCUCGAAGUUCUUAUUGACUCACUGAACUCUGAGGCAGAACAUCUCAAAGAAAAGAUCAACGAGUUGUCGACAAAAGUUCGAAGUUUUCCUCUAGGAUGCGAUCGAUACCACAGGCAAUAUUGGCAAAUACCUGGCGUCCCAUCGAUAUUGGUCGAAUCUGUAGAGAGUUCUGGGCCAUGGAAUCCCGCAUGUAACACCGAGGAAACAUGCUCCAAGGAUCCAUCAGAUCUAACAGCUCCCUCCUUCCUCCAUCCUGAUGUAUUGGCAUGUGUCGAAGAUCUCGUCGAUGACGUUGUGACCGGUCGUUCACAUACAGAGCGGCGGAAACGAAAACGAUUCCGACGCAUGGACAAUGCAUACAAGCGUGGGUGGUGGGAAAAUCUCGAAGCAGUCAGAAGCAGUCUCCAUGGUCGAGGCAUUCGUGAACGGAUCUUACAUCGUCUACUGUGCAAGUCGUGGUUUCUGAAGGACGUGAAGUUGGGCAAAGGUGAGCGUCAGCUUGAGCAUAACGGUAGUUUCCAUGGACAGUAUGGAGCUGAACUAGCCCCAAUGUGGGCUGAGUUUCCGGACCAUACAACUGGAAAUAUCCCUUUCUACGACUGUUUCCGACGGAGAUUCAAUGAGUCCUUUCAGUCACCACCGUCACGAGAAUGGUUCUGUCCAGCUUGUGUUGAGACGUCGACUCAAGUGCCAACAUGCCUCGUUUGCUCACAACAGCAUGACUACUUAACGGCUUGUCGGUUAGGGCCAUUGUCAAGUCAAUCGAUGACUGAAGGGACGAUUAAAUCUUCCAUUUGUUUCAGAGCGAUGCUGGACGAGUUAGAGUGUCAACCGGGUGUUGGUCCAUUCUUGGAGCCUGUUGAUCUUGAUCUAGUACCAGGAUAUAGGGAAGUGAUUGCAAACCCUAUCGAUAUGGCAUCCAUUAGGAACCGAAUCGAAGCUCAGUGUUACGAAACUCCGGAAGAUUUUGCCGCUGACAUGGAGCUGAUGUUCAAUAAUUGCCGAACGUUCAAUGAAGAUGAUUCUCCUGUUGGCAUGGCCGGUGCCAAUCUGCAUAAAUUCUAUCACAAACGUUGGCGUCAACUCAAAUAUAACUUCAGUAAACGUUUUUUGUUUUCACAUCGCUAG